UCCGACUCGGGAACCAGAGCAUCAGCGGAGAUAGCAGGGAAUCAGUCGCUAAACUCCUCAGGCUAACUCGCUCUCGGCUUUGGUUCGGAAUGGAAACAUCAACUUUUACGCGGAGCCAACGCAGCUCCAUUGCGCACAAUUUUAAGAGCGCGCUCUCGCUCUGGCUGGUUGUCUGGCUGGUCGUGGUAAAACCCGUUCCUGCGCAGAACUGCCCUCACCAGUGCGUGUGUUACCCGACCCCCAUGACAGUGAGCUGCCAGGCGCAGAACUUCACUAUUGUGCCCCAUGGCAUGCCCUACGAAUCCCAGCGCGUUUUUCUGCAGAACAACCGCAUCACUGAACUGAGAGUGGGGUCUUUUGCUUUUGGCACACAGGUUUUGUGGCUCUUCUCCAACAACAUCACCUGGAUUGAGGCCGGUGCAUUCAGCGAGCUGCGCGAUCUGGAGGAGCUCGAUCUGGGCGACAACCCUCACCUGCACCGCCUUGAGGGUGGAGCUUUCCGCGGCCUGGAGAAGCUCCAGAGCCUCCACAUGCACCGCUGCCGGCUGGCCGCCCUUCCCCAUGACAUUUUCCACAAGCUCUACAGCAUGCAGUUCCUCUACCUGCAGGAGAACCAGCUCCACUUCAUCCAGGACGAUCUCUUCGCUGACCUGAUCAACCUCAGCCAGCUCUUCCUGCACGGCAACCGCAUCCGCACUCUGUCCGAAAACGUGUUCCGUGGCCUGGUCAACCUCGACCGUCUGCUGCUGCACGACAACAGGGUCCGUCAAGUCAAUCGCCGUGCUUUCCGCGACCUGGGCCGGCUGACCAUGCUCUUCCUCUUCAACAACUCCCUGGCAGAGUUGCCCGGUCAGGCCAUGCGUGACAUCUCCUCCAUCGAGUUCCUGCGGCUGAACAACAACCCCUGGGCCUGCGGCUGCGAGGCUCGUCCCCUGUGGGAGUUCUUCAGAGGCGCCCGUGUGUCCAGCUCCGAGGUUGUGUGCUCAUCCCCAGCUUCUCGUCGUGGAGAGGACCUGCGCUUCCUGAGGGAGAUGGACUUCGCCCUGUGCCCUCUUCCCGACCCCAGCUCCCUCUCUGGCACCACCACCACCACCUUCAGCACCAAGACCCGCUGGUGGUUCUCCAAGCACAAGCCCGUCAGCACUUCCAAGGGCAUCUUUGAGAAGACCUCCGAGACCAAGGCAUACCCCUUCAAGUCCCAGUAUCCCUCAAUCACAUCUACAUCCACAAAAUAUGAGCUUGGGGAGGAAGAAGCUCUUCUUCCCAAGCUUGACCCAGAAGAGUAUUGGGCCAACUAUGGCAAUGAAGAUGCCGGCAUCACCUCUCUGCGCUGCUUUGAGCUUGAGUGCCCUCCCGAAUUCGACUCUCUGCCACCAUCUUCCUCUACUUCUCACUCCUCAUCUUCUGUUCUCUUACUACUCUCCAUGUCUGCUUUGACUGUCUGCAUCCAUCUUCUUUUUGGCUGAAUCUGUUUAUCUCAAGAAGAACACUCUUCCCCCUCAUUUUUCUCCUCUCUGGAGGAGGGAAAACCCUGUUUGCUCAAUUUAACUCUUCAAUGCCUUGAUUCCUGUUUACUAUCAGCCUCACCUGUAUCUCUGUUCUGUUCAGUUCGAGCCUCUAGUUCCUGGUAUCUAGAGGGCACUAGACUGAUUUAGGAUACAGUGGGUAAGCAGGGAACGUUGGGCAGUACAGGCCCUUAAUGGAAAGUAAUGAAAGCUGUUCAGAGGGCUUGGUUAGUUAAGCAGAUACUCGGUCCUUCUUUUUUUGAGGACAAGUGUAUUCUAAGGCAUCUCUGUUACAGUCAGUGCAGACAAAGGAUAGAAAUUUCCAUCUUAGGUUUACGUACAAUAUUUGUAUGCUUUUAGACUUUUCAGCCACUCUAAGUGCUUCUAUGAUAGUUGUAAUUAUAGCUUGUGAUGUCACUACGACACCCUCUUUCCAACAACGCCACAGCUCCAUUAUUUCAGUAGUUAGUUGGUAACAAUAGCAUAAUGAGCAAAUCUUUUGAUUCCCUUUGGAAGCAGCGAUCGAAUGUUAUACUUGGUCUAUUAUAACAGAAGGGUCUCAAAAUCAUUCAGGACUCGAAAAGCACAAAAAGGAACGGUGUGCAGCAGCGAAGCAAGACAGACAAAGCACAAUGGAGUGAUGAGUUUGAAAGUGUUGUAAUACAGCUAUAAUUUAAGAUGCACGGAGAGAGCGAAAGCACACGCAGGAGAGACAGAGAGCAUGCACAAGAGAAGGCGAAAGAAUUCAUUACAUCACAUACCAGCUAUGACAGCAAUUAUCACUUGUGUAAAUAUGACAUCUUGGCAGAGGGAGCUGUAAAUAACGCUAUGAAAGGCCUUAUGCUUGUCACUGUUCUGAAUGGCCAAGAAUGUCACUGUGAGUAACGUCUGUGAUAUUAUUUCUAUGGUAGUGCAUGGAAAGAUCAAUCAAUGGUGUGAGAGAGUGUGAAUGCCCUUUUUUUACUGUAUGUCUUUCAAAAUACUGUUAAUAUGUUGAGUUAUUACUGUAAAAUACACUACCUACAUUGUUCUAAGACUUCCCUUUGUUUAUUCUUCUUUUCAAAUUCAAAUGUAACUGAUUGUCUCUGAAUAUUCCAGCAAAUUCCAUCCUUUCUCAUUUAAAGUAUCAAUUUGAAAUCAAACCAGUCAACAGCUUGCAGCUAUAGUCAAAAAAAGAAUUGGCAAAAUGCUAAAAACUAGGACUGAAUCCAAGACAAGGCAAUAUAUGAAGGACACUGUGGAAAGACUGUUUCUUGAAAUGAAUUGAUUACUGAAGAAAAAUGUGCUUACUGACAGAUUGGUCAACAUUCAGAUUAAUGUCUACCAUUGGUCAUGAACAUGUGAGGAGGGAAGGUGCAACUAACGACUGUCUGGGCUGCUCUUGGUGAGCUUGCUGAAGGCAAUGGCUUUCUUUGGUGGUCUUUGCCUAUUCCCUCCUCUUUCAAACUGCAAUAAAGAAUCAAAAUGCUUUAGGGAAAACAAACAGAGAGGGCAAGGACAAGAGGAGAGAGAAAAGGAAAGGAGAGAAAGAGAAAAAGAAAUGCACGGAAAGCAGAGGUGGAUGUGGGCGGUAGAGGUGAAGAGAUAGAUGAUAAAGGAUGGACAUGCUGAUAAAGAGAAAUGCAAUCUAAAGUUCCUUAAUACAAUAGGUAAAGAUCUACUGUUAAUUCCAGCAAUAUCCUGUUUUGUGUUUACCCUGAGACAGUACUGAAACAAAUAAUACUGAUCUUUUUGUCCCUCGGAUGUUACCAUGACACAUUUAUGUCUUACAAUGUUUGUUCGAUGUGUGAAUGUAUCUCAGCCGAAUGGGUAAGGUCAAACUGCCUUAAGGUGCUCUCGAGUGACCAUGUUUGUGAGGUUGCUCAUAUAGAUGACCAAAGCAUUAGUUAUACCUUUUUACCCAGAAUGUAUGCAUCGUAAGAAUGUGAA